CGGCGGCGGGCGCCUUCCCAGCUGGUGGAUGUUGCUUUCAGGGGCCGCGAAGUCCCGUGCGAACUUGUCCCGCGAGGCCUCAAGGGUCCCAUUCCCGUCGCUCUCACCUGCCCUGGUUGCAGGGCCACGAGGAGGAAGUCUUGGAGAACCCGGAAGGAGGCGGAGAUGGACUUGCUGAUCUUUGAAGAUGUGGCCGUGAACUUCACCCCAGAGGAAUGGGCUUUGCUGGACCCUGCUCAGAGGAAGCUCUACAGAGAUGUGAUGUUGGAGACCUUCAGGAACCUGGCCUUUGUGGGUUCUUGCCUUCACGUUAAAACCAGUGGUUCAAGUGCCCAGCGGGAUAUUUUGGAGAAUGUACUAUGCAGUGAAGAGAAAAUAGUAAGAUUCAAAAGAAAUGAUUCCAAGUCUGUUUUGGGAGAAAACUGGGCCUUUCCCAAUAUGGGACAUCAACAUCCACCUCAUCAGAAGUAUUUGAGAAAUAAUUUGGUGGAGAGUCUCUGUGAAGGUAAAAAAAGUCAUCAGUGUCUAGGAACCCUGAACCAGAUUACAAAUCUUGCUGUAUAUAAGGAUUGUCAGACUGGAAUUCAGCCCCAUACAUGCACUAAGUGUGGAAAAGCUUUCAGGGAUCAUUCUUUCCGGAAGAAUCAGCAAAGAUCUCACACUGGACAUAAAGCUUAUUCAUGCGAACAGUGUGGGCAAGCCUGCAGCUGUGUCUUGUGCCUAAGCAUUAGUAGGGAAACAGACAUGGUAGAGAAACCCUGUAAAUGUCAGGAUGCUGGGAGAGCAUCUAAGAGAUUUGUUAAGAGUCUCAUUAAUAAACAGUCUUUAGAGUGUAAGAGAUCUGGAAAAGCUGUCAAUUGUCCCUCAUCCUUUAAAGGACACGAGAGAGGUCACUAUGGACAGAAAAUGCACGUGUGUGAAGUAUGUGGGAAAUCCUUCAGUUAUUCUUGCCAGCUUGCAAGGCAUGUGAGAACUCACACUGGAGAGAAACCCUAUGAAUGUCAAGAAUGUGGGAAAGCUUUCACUAGCAUCUCACACUUCCGAGAACAUGUGAGAAUGCACACUGGAGAGAAACCCUAUGAAUGUAAACAGUGUGGCAAAGCUUUCAGUUGGUGCACUUACCUUCGAGAGCACAUGAGAACACACAGUGGAGAAAAACCCUACGAAUGUAAGCAGUGUGGCAAAGCCUUCCCAUAUCUCAAAUCCCUGCAAGGACAUGUGAGGAUACACACUGGAGAGAAACCUUAUGUGUGUAAGGAAUGUGGGAAAUCCUACAGUUGUCCCAAAUACUUCAGAAAACAUGAAAAAACACAUAGUGGAGUAAAACCCUAUGAAUGUACAGAAUGUGGGAAAGCCUUCAUUACUUCCUCAUCCCUUCGAGAACAUAUGAAAACACACAGUGAAAAGAAGCCCUAUCAGUGCCAGCAGUGUGGGAAAGCCUUCAGGUACCCGAGAUCCCUGCAAGGGCACAUGAUAACACACAGUGAAGAGAAACCAUAUGAAUGUCUGCAAUGUGAAAAGGCCUACAGGUGUCUCAUAUCCCUGCAGAGACAUAUGAAGAUACACAGUGGUGAAAAAUUCUGAAUACAAAGACUGUGGGAAAGCCUUUAUUCUCCCCUAAAAGCUUAUAAAUGUGAGCAGUCCCAGGAGGAAAAGCAUGGAAAGAAUGUGGGGAAAUGUUCAGCACUUCACCUCUUUUAUACUUGAAAACUCAGGUUAGGACAGAAAUCUUUUUUAAGUGCCUUAUCCUGAAUAAAGAUCCCAGUGUAUUAAUUUCUAGUUCAUCUUGCUGAUCUGAGCACUUAAGAUAAUAACUAUCCAUCUAUGUUUCCGUCAUCUUUAAUUACCACUUAUGUUUUAAUAUUUCAGGCUUUAAAUGAUUAUAUGGUCAUAUAAUACUUGUUGCAUUUCCAUUACAGUAUUUUUUGAGCCCAGA